AUGUUUGGACGCAUGCCAAGGAAGAGCAGUAACAAUACCAAGUAUUACGAGGUUCUUGGUGUGUCUAAGACCGCAAGUCAAGAUGAGCUAAAGAAAGCAUACAGAAAAGCUGCCAUAAAAAACCAUCCUGACAAGGGUGGAGACCCUGAGAAGUUUAAAGAGUUGUCUCAAGCUUAUGAUGUUCUUAGCGACCCGGAGAAGAGGGAGAUCUAUGACCAGUAUGGAGAAGAUGCCCUUAAGGAGGGAAUGGGAGGAGGCGGCGGCAGUGAUUUCCAUAGCCCAUUCGACAUUUUUGAGCAACUUUUUCCAGGUUCUAGCACCUUUGGGGGAGGUAGCUCAAGAGGACGCAGACAAAAGCGUGGUGAAGAUGUGGUGCAUACUAUGAAGGUUUCCUUAGAAGAUCUGUAUAAUGGGACAACCAAGAAACUAUCUUUAUCGCGGAGUGUUUUGUGCUCCAAGUGCAAGGGAAAAGGAUCGAAGAGUGGGGCAUCAGGAACGUGCCAUGGUUGCCGUGGUGCUGGAAUGAGGACAAUAACAAGACAGAUAGGCCCUGGCAUGAUCCAACAGAUGAACACUGUUUGCUCUGAAUGCAAAGGAUCAGGCGAGAUCAUAAGUGACAAGGAUAAAUGCCCAAGCUGUAAAGGAAGCAAGGUAGUCCAUGAGAAGAAGGUCUUGGAGGUUCAUGUGGAGAAAGGAAUGCAACAUGGCCAAAAGAUUGUAUUCCAGGGUCAAGCUGAUGAAGCUCCUGAUACAGUUACAGGAGACAUUGUUUUUGUUUUGCAACUUAAAGACCAUCCAAAAUUUAAGAGGAAGUAUGAUGACUUAUACGUUGAGCACACAAUCUCUCUCACUGAGGCACUGUGUGGCUUCCAGUUUGUUCUUACUCAUCUUGAUGGCCGGCAGCUUCUGAUCAAAUCUAACCCUGGGGAGGUUAUUAAACCAGGUCAACACAAGGCCAUUAAUGAUGAGGGUAUGCCUCAGCAUGGCCGUCCUUUCAUGAAGGGUCGUCUGUUUGUUGAAUUCAAUGUCGAGUUUCCCGAGCCUGGUGCGCUCUCCGCUGCCCAGUGCCGAUCAUUGGAGAAGAUCCUUCCACCCAAACCAGGGAGCCAACUGUCGGACAUGGAGCUGGACCAGUGCGAGGAGACCACCCUGCAUGAUGUCAACAUAGAAGAGGAGAUGAGGCGCAGGCAGCAGCAGAAGCGGCAGGAAGCCUAUGAUGAAGACGAGGAGGCGGCUGGCCCAAGGGUGCAAUGUGCUCAGCAGUAA